UCUCUCACUCAAAAACAAACACCAUUAUAUUAUUAUUAUUAAUAAUGGCACUGUCUGGCUUUGAAGGCUUUGAGAAACGCUUGGAGCUCCAUUUCUUCGGUGACGACCCCUUCCAUUAUUUGGGUCUAAGAAGCCUUGACUUUGAUCAAUGCAUAAACCAAACCCUGCAAGCCGUGCAAUGCACGGUGGUUUCCGCCGUGGGUAACUCCUUCUUCGACGCCUAUGUCCUCUCGGAAUCAAGCCUCUUCGUGUACCCAACGAAGAUCAUAAUCAAAACAUGCGGCACCACACAGCUCCUGAAAUCGAUUCAACCAUUGAUUUUCUAUGCUGACACCCAACUAGGGUUGACCCUGAGGUCGUGCCGUUACACGAGGGGAAGCUUCAUAUUCCCAAGCUCACAACCUUUCCCUCACACAAGCUUUAAGGACGAGGUGUCCUACUUGGAGGACACCCUCCCUCCAACGCUUCAUAACCGUAAAGCCUCCAUAAUGCCCUCUAACUCCUCCUCACAUGCGUGGCACGUGUUCACAGCCACGUAUUACCAACAACCGCACAAGCCCUACACCUUGGAGAUCUGCAUGACGGAUCUUGACCCGAUUCUCGCCCGAAAAUUCUUCCGUCCUCGUAAUGACGGAAAAACCGGUGACUCCGCCGGAAAAGAAAUGACGGAGUUCACCGGGAUCGAUCAGAUCAACCAGGAGGCGCUAAUUUGCGACUUCGCGUUCGAUCCGUGCGGUUACUCCAUGAACGCCAUGCAUGGGGAGUGGUACUCUACCAUCCACGUCACUCCUGAAGACGGUUACAGCUACGCGAGUUUCGAGUGCGUGGGGUCCACCAUUAACGGAAUGGAGAUAGACGUGCCUCACGUUUUCAGGAAGGUCAUUCAGAUUUUCCGACCGGGUACCAUGUCCGUUUCGAUAACCUCCGCUGGCGGCGAUUUGCGGAGAACGGUGGCGAGUGCGGUGGAGGCUAUGGGGUUCAAACGCAGAAGUUGCGCCAUGGAUGAGUUCCCUGAAGCAGGUAGCGUUGUCUUUCAAACUUUCACGGCGAUUCGCCGGAAAAAGAAAGAGGUUAAUUAAUUUAGAGAUUAAUUAGUUGAAAGAAAAAUAGGGGUGGUGACGUGGCCUAAUGUGAUUGGUUAUUAUGGAUGAUGAAUAUUGUUGCGUUGACUUGUCUAGGAAGCUUUUUCUUUUUUUAGGAUAAAUUCCUAGGUGUUAAUUAGAGCAAGAAAAGAAAACUAAGGUGGUGGUGUUAUAUUUUAUUUAUAUUUAAUUUCUAACUCUUGAUGAGCUGAGAUUUGUGGAUUUUGUUA